CUUUUUUGCGACAUCACCGCCUUUCCCGUACCCGCCUUCUUGCUCUUCAUCCUCACUCGGUCCCAGUCUUAGCCCUGCACUGGACCUUUCUUUGUUUCCCACCCCCAGAACUCACGGUGACCGUGCACGCGCUUUCGCGCUAGACAUCCAAUGCAUUUAUGAAUAAGCUGCGAACUCCAACGCGCGACACCAAGCCGUCUCUACUACGCGCCAGAACCUGUUCGGCCUGCAAAUCCUGCAGGAUGUCAAAGAGCCAUGCGCCGGCGGUAGAGGUUGGGGCUGAGGUGCCCGAGAUCGAGACGGAGCAUCUAGGCUUCAAAGUCCUUAGCAACGGAAAGCAAGGCCCCAAGAAGGUCAAACUUCUUCCCCGACCAUGGCCUGCCGAUAAUCUGCCCUCGGCCUCGGCCAGCCUCCUCUCCGUCGCCUCCAAGCCUGGUCUCGUCGCAGCUGCUGGUCCCAAUGUCCUCGUCAUCGCAUCUACCGACGCCGUGCGUAAAGCCUUCGAGGGCAAGACGACAGCCGACGACAUUGACAAGCCCGACGAUCCACGACUCGAAGAACGCGACAUCGACGUCGUGUCAGACUUCACGCCUGAUGUCACCAUCUCCACCGAGAACCUGCGUCACGUUGCCUUCUCUGCCGACGGUGACUUCCUCGUCAUCGCUCCCGAACAGGAAGCCUCCAUUUCCAUAUUCAGCGUCGCCGAGGUCGUUAAAGGUAGGAAAGAUGCAGAACAGACCGUGCAAACAGACGCGCCCGUCCGCGCCCUGCUCCCAAACCCGGCCCCCGAGUUCGAGCAUUUCUUCGCUAUUGUCCUGGAUUCUGGCAAGCUCCAGAUAUGCAAUGUGACGGAUGGUGCCAAAAAGACGAUUCGCGAUACUGAUGUCAACUGCGCUGCUUGGAGUACGCGCGGAAAGGCUGUAGUCUCUGGUUCAACGGACGGUACCUGCGCCAUUAACAUGACCAAUGGAGAGCUCAAGGGAGUCAUUCCUCGCGCACCAGAUGUCGAUGAGAGCUACGAAGUGACGGGAGUGACAUGGCUGAACACGGAAGAGUUUCUCGCGGUCUAUUCAGUCAAGGACCAAGAUCCAGAGAACCCAGAACCCAAGAAAUUCAGUGUCAUCAAGUCCGCGAAAGGUUGGGGAUCUUUCACAUACCAUGCUUUCGCCUGGGAUCCUCUUCCCGAGGCGUUUGAACCCCCGCGACGACCCCUUCCUGCCCGCUUCUCAUCCACGCGACUACGAAAUUGGAAGCCCGAUCUCGAAGAUAUGCUGAUCAUCACCUCCUCGCAUGCUGAUUCAAUCGCUAUACUUGCUUCUACAAGCAACAAGAUCUCUCCCGACCAACAAAACCUUAAGGAGCUUAUGCUGGUCAAUGUUGACGACACUAAGAAGGCCUCUGUGCCGCGUACAGCAUAUGGAGAAGAUGAAUUGGACAGUGUCUUUAUUGGUGAAGCGUUGGAUCUUUCAAGCAAGGAAAAGAUUUUGCGUCCAAUCCCUAGUCUAGAGGAAAUCAAUGAAGCUCCUUGGCCAUUGCCGGCUUACAUGGCUCUGACCCAUGAAGGUCUUCUCACAGCUUGGUGGGUGGUGUGGAACCGCUCGAUUGAAGCUGGCGAACGCUAUCCGGGUCUCAUCUUCAAGAGCGAGUCUACACAACGAGAGCCAACUACCACACCCCGGGCUCAUACCCCUGCAUCCAAACUUCCUGUCGCUACUUCAACACCAUUUGGGCAGCCUUCCACACCUUCACACAUUCCUUUUGGCAAGUCCGCAAACACUCCUGGAACUCCUGGAAUUCCCCACUUUGGCAAUGCUGGACACAACUCCCCAUCCCCUGCUAUGAUGAGGCCUACGCCGCCAGGCUUCGGCACACCUGGCUUUGGAGCUUCAACAUCAAGCAUACCUACGCCUACGUUGAGCAAACCUCCACAGCCUGCGUUCGGUGCACCGACUGCAGUGGGUGGUGCUGGGAAAGCAGCCUUUGGUGCACCAUCUGCAAUUGGUGCAGCUGGCAGCUCUGGAUUUGGUGCAGCGGGCAGUAUGGGCAACAAGUCAUCUCUAUGGGGGACGCCUACCCAAAGUUCCGAGGCCAAGGCUAACCCUUUCUCUGGGGGUGGAGGAAACUCAUUUGGAUUCGCCAAAUUUGGACAGAAUGGGGGAACGUCGAGCUUUUCCAGCUUCGGCAGCGCCGGCUCUGCCCAAGCAAGUUCAGGAUUUGCAUCACUCGGACAAGGCCAGCAAAAAUCCGGUUUUGCUAAUCUUAAAAGUGAGCCGAGCUUCGGUUCAACAGUCACUGUAAGUUCCGGAACCGGAUCGUCGCUGCCUUCUUGGGGCAACACACCUGCGCAACAGAGCAGCUCUAUCUUCGGACAGCCGAGCAAGUCUUCUUUCAACACAGCUUCGUUUGAGUCAAAGGCAUCUGACAUGAGUGACGCAAACGACACGCAAGGCCGGAAGAGAGACGAGGCUACACCGACACCCCAGGCCCCAGCAUCGCAAGGCUUGUUCGGGCUUGCUGGUGGCUUCAAGCUCGGCACAACAUUCAAGAGCGACGGCACUGCUACCGACGACCCGGCAAAGCCAGCUGCGCCUGCGAAUGGCUCGUUCUUCGGAAGCGACUUUGCUAACACGCUUGGGAAAACGGGACUUAAACCCCCGGCUACACCCGCGAGCGAGCCCCCACAAUAUGUCUCCACCACACCAGCGUCACCACCAAAGCAGAAGUUGUUUCCGAGUGACACUCCUACCAAAGACAGCGCAACUCCCAAAGCAGCACCUCCUGUACAGGAGCCGGCUACCCCUUUCGAUGACGCCCCUCUUCCACCAGACUUCACCAAUUCAAAGCCAUCCAAGGUCGAUGACGCACCACUCCCUCCCGAUUUCAUAAACACCAAGCCCUCGCAGUCAAAUGGUGAUGAUUUGCCCCCGCUUGCAGGUAGUCCAGGUGUCGAAGUGGAAGCUCCAAGUUCUUCGGUCGAGGCGUCUCCAAUUGGCAAUGGAGAAAACCACAGUGAUUACUCCGAGGAUGACCAGGACGAUGACGAUGACGAGGAGCCUGAUGACACCUAUCCGCCAAACAACGCCUCAAAAUCAUACCAACCAAAGAUUGGUACUCAAUCAAGCUACUUUCCCCCUGCUCCAACUCCUCCUGUCAUGAAGUCUGGAGGUACCUCGCAAUCCGGACGAAGCACAUCACCGGCUCAGAACUCUUUGUUUGGACAGCCCUCUAAGCCUAAUGGAAGCCAGCCAUCGUUUGGAGGUAAUUCAUUGUUUGGACAACAAUCUGUCAAAGCUCCUUUUGGCAGCAGGCCUAAUUCGUCGUCUGCAUCUGCAAAGCCUCCUUACCCACCUUCCGCCACAAACCGCUCUCAAAACCUUCGCUCACCCAGUCCAAUGCGCCCCAGCUCAUCUUCUCGCUUCCGACGUGAGCCUCUGGUCGCACCUGGGGCUUCCCUUAGCUCUUCUCUCCAAGGAUCCAAACCACCGACACCCCAGCCGCAGGUUUCCGAUCUGGAAGACGAGGAGGACGAGAGAAUGCGUGCCCAGCUUGCGCGGCCUAUCGAGCCAAGCCGUAAUCUUGAGGAAUUCGUAGCAUACCAGAACUACACAGGGGGCAAGUCGCCUAAUAAGUCUGGUCAUGCCGCUCAGAUUGAAAUGAUAUACAAGGACAUCAAUGGUAUGGUAGACGCUUUGGGCUGGAACAUGAGGUCGAUCAAGUCCUUUACUCUAUACCAUCAGCAACCUCAGCCUAACCACCAAAUCGAUCGAGGCAUGCUGGAAGAUAUCUUGUCCCAAGGACAUGAUGGAUCGUGGUUCGAGAAGUUCACAUUGUGCGAGAUACAAGUAUUGAAGUCUCUCGAGGAAGAUCUGGAGCAUGAGCUUGACGCCGGCCGAGUGCAGGACGUACUCGACAAACUAGCACAGCUUGCUCGCCUCCUCCACGAGAAGGCUAAGCUGAUGACUCGUCUCAACGAUAUUCGUCGCCAGAUCAUCAACCGCAAGGAUCCUGAAAGGAUCGAGGCGCUUCGCAAAGCACCCUUGCCGAAGGAGCUUGCGGAUGGACAAAAGAAUCUGCGCAAUGACUACGCUCAGCUGCUCACAUCGCUGCGCAAGGCUGAAGAUGCCGUUGCUGUCCUUCGUUCUCGCCUUGCUACUCACAAUGCCCAGGCUGGCAGUACCAAGGCUGUGCCUUCUAUGGAAGCUGUCAAGAAGACAAUCUUGAGACUAGCCAGCCUUGCGGAGCAGAAGAACAAUGACAUUCUCGUUCUCGAGGCGCAAAUGCGUAAGCUGGGUCUUGCCGAACCGAGCCGUCCAUCGUCUUCCUCUUCACGCACUGGUACACCACGACAAUCUCGCCGGACCAGUCUGCGUCGCAGUGUCGCCGACACACCAUAUGCUACACCUCCCACGGGCCACAAAAAGCUCACUCUGACUGAAUUAAACCGUCGCGCUCUUACGCCCGAGGUUGACAAUACGCCAACUCCCGGGAAAGGCUACGGCUUGUUUUACACACCCGAAGGUAGCCCCGCAGCCGGCGGAAAAGACAUUGCUCGUUUGUCAGACCUCGUCGACGAGAACAUGGAUACUUUGAAGGAGACGGCAAGAAGCAGGAAACAAGUUGCCAAAAACCUGAAAGGUGUUCUUCUAGAACGAGGAAUCAAGUUCACAAGAGUCAAUUGAGGGAGAGUGUUAGAUGAUGGGGUUGAAUGGUCAAGAUUGGUAAUUUUGGAAUUAUGAUUGUGUGUAUGAUUAAGCGUUUUGGUGAUACAUUGCCGCGGGGUGUUUUAUUUGGAUAGCGAUUGCAUCGAACUAGGCGAGGGAUUUGCGUUGGAGAAGAAAAAAACGUUCAUUCACAAUGGCGAUUGCGCGAUUGGAUUCUUUGGUUGAAGAUGCGAUUUCUCAAUUCAUGAUGCGUCUAUUAGAUUUCUUGAUAGGUGUGUAUUUAUUUCACAUAUACGAAAUGCAGAGACUUGCAUAAGAUGAUCGCCCAUGCUCGUUAACGGGAGAGGAAGAGCAUGUGGUUGGUGAUCCUUGUCGCAUUAUAGCCCCCCA